AACAAGAUAAUGUACAUGUUCAUAAGAGUAAUUAACCAUUCCACUAGCUCUAAACAAGCUAGCUCGCGAGCUUAGCUCAACAAGCCACCAAGUUAAACUAGCUCACGAGCUUAUCAAGCUGAGCAUGGUUUAACUCAAGCUUGGCUCGUUUACUAACGAGUUGGCUUGCGAUCCAGCUUGUUAAAUAACAAACCGAGUGUCGAACGAGUUUUUUUCCAAUUCGAACACCGAGUUGCUCGCGAGCCGCUUGGCUCAUUUGCAUCCCUACCGAUAAGCAACACUAAAAUGUGUUUGGAGUUUGGACUUGGAGGUAACCAUUUGAUAAUCAAAUUUCUCCACUAAUAGGGUUAAAAUGAAAAAUAAAGUGUGUUUCAAUAUCACCAAGGACCUUACAAAUAUAUCAUCUUCUAAAUAUAUAUCCUUGGAAAAUGAAUAUUAUCUUUUUAUACGAAAAAGAAAUUACUAAUUAGUUGAAAAACUGCAACGACUGAACACAACCCUAUCAUUUCCAUGCUAAGAAAAAUUAUAAUUUCCAGUAUUGUUAUUAUUGUUUAACAGUUGAAGUUUGAACUACUAAAUUUAUAAAAGUUACAAGUAGUUAUCCUACUUUUAAAACGUUGUUAUUAUUAAUUUUCAUAUUUAUAUGAUACGAAUUUAACAAAUUUCACUAAGGCAAAUUAUUACAACACUACCAUUUAUCGUGUUUCUUCUCGAUUCUAAAUUUCUCUUAAUCUCGUUUGUUAUGUUUCUUCUCUGUCACUCUUUAAGUCUUAACCCUAACCAAUCCAAAUCUCCAUCGAUACAAAAACAAAACAAAAACAAAAAAACAAAAAAAAAAUCAUUUCCCCCUUUGUACGAAAAACCAAAGGAAAGCAAAAUAAGCGAAACAAACAGAGCAAAGAGGGAGAGAAUCGCUUCUGCAGAUCAACAAAAGCUGGAGAGCGAAACCCCCGAAUUCAUUAUCUGCUUUUCUUCUCCGAUAACCCUAACGAGCUCUCUCUCGACGUUUCAACGAAAGGUUAGUGAGGCUCUCUCUCUCUCUCUCUCUCUCUCUCUCUCUCAAUCGGUACCUUAUUUUCCUUCGAUUAUCAGUUAAUCGCUCUCCGUUUAAUCGUGUUUAUCGUAGAAAUCUGGUGCUCUUACUGUAAUCUGCUUGACGUUGAAGUCGCUAUUUUUCGAAUGAUUUUUUGCUGAAUUCGUUGCGUCCUUUGAGCGGAUGUGCUGUUAAUCCUUUUGUUCUCUUCUUCCCGUGGGUGAAGUUUGGUUGGUGGGUUUGUGUUCAAUCAGUUCAUGGAUUAAUACGAUGUCAGUUCAAAAUUAACGCUAGUUUCUGCUGGUUUUCCCCUUGGUUUGGAAUUACCGUUUGAUACUUUGAUUGCGUUUCUUGUAUUGGGCUGAUUUCGAUGAUUAUGUUGUUUGAUGAUGAACAGUUCCUUUUCCCCCACGCUGCCCCAAACUUCGUUCUUAGGAUUCCCCGACCCCAUUUUUGGAAGAGAGAAGGUUAAAUAUUUUCAGUGAUCUUAAGACCGAAAAAAGGUUUUUGUUGUUUGUAUUUUAUUCUUUCCGAUGUUUAGAUAUAUGUGUUCGUUCUGGUUGCCAUGUUUUUUCUGUCCCCUCGGAUAGUUGGAGUGGCGAGACACGUCAUGAAUUGAUUGUUUAAAUUUGGUUUCUUUGUUUGUUGCAGGUUGAACCCCCUCCUAUUUUUAGAUCAUCCCUAAUAUAGGCAUCAUGAGAUUUAAGAAAGGGAGCAAGGUGGAGGUGCUGGGAAAAGAAGAGGGAGUGUGGCGGCUGGGUGAAAUUACAUCUGGCAAUGGACACACAUACAGCGUCAAGUAUGAUGUUUCGAUGUUUGCAAGUGGUGAAGAUGUUGAGGAAAUGGUCCCGAGAAAGGCCAUUAGGCCCUACCCUCCAUAUGUUGAUUACCUCGAUUCAUGGUCUGUUGGUGAUGUUGUCGAGGUCUAUGUCAACCUUUCCUGGAGGACUGCAGUGGUUAUGGAAGUCAUGGAUGGAAAUUACUAUUUGGUUCAGCUAACUGGGAGUGCAAGAGAACUUCAAGCCAAUAAAAUCAACAUUCGAGUGCCCCAAUUAUGGCAAGAUGGCCAGUGGUUUGUCAUUGGAAAAGGAAAUAGUAGCUGCGAGGAUGUGAACUCCACGAAUGCAUCAACCUUGAGUUGCUAUCAGAAACCAAGCCAGAGGAUGAAGCAAGUUGGUGCCAGUAGAAAAUUGCAAGAAGGGAGUAACUAUCUAUACACUGAAAACAACACUGGUUUUCAGGAGUCUUGUGUUGUGUCAGCUAGAACAUUGAAGAGAGCUUCUCCUUUCUGGUCAUCUGACUUUGAAGCAUACGAUGCAAGCCUUCACAAAAGGAGAGCCUUUAGGAAAGAGGAGCAACUCCAAGGAGCGGUGAAGGGGUACCAAACAUCUUCACUGAAAAAGGACAGCAGUUCGACACAUGCAUGCUUUACUUUGAAAGAUCAAAAGAUGAUGCUGGGACACAAAAGUUGGGCCAGCAUGUGCUUCCCUUUCUUUUGCUUCACAUGCAUAUAUUUCUUCUUCUUCUUGGGCUAAGCAUGUCUAUUGCUAUUAGCUGAUUACAGUUUGUUUCAGGUUUGCUGGAACACAUACAGAACUUGUGGCUGCCACGAUGUGGGAAGUUCAUGCUAUUUUAAAUAUUCAAUUAUCCACAGGUUUAUUGUGCUUGUUUCUUCUGCAUAGUGGUAUCUUGUCUGAACUGAGUAAACAAGUCGGUCCAUGCCCCAUGGUUAGAUUUUGGAAGAAGUCACCUUGAUGCUUAGCUUGGUGCGUGAGUGAUUUUGAAGAAUUUGGGCAACGUGUAUGAUUUAGUUCUUGUGUCCUUUACACUCUCUUACAUUACCUGGGUAGUUGAUCAGUUCUGUUCUUCUUUUGCCCCCUCUAAAUCGAAGGUAACAUCACGGAUGUCUCUCCCUUGGAACUUGUUCCUCAAAGAGUAGCUGUAAUUCACUGCUAAACUUUCUGGUUUGUUUUCUUUCCUAACCUGCUACAUGUUGAAUUCAUUUAUCUUUUCGAAUUUCAUGUAAUGUUUCGACUGUUCGUAAACAUCUAGUUGCUGGUAAAGAUAUUAAAUCUGUUUCUUGGUUUUAUGAUUAGAAACCUCCUCUGAGGGUGGUUGAAUGGAGUUUGCAUGCAUGGCUGUUUAAUCUGAAUACCAUCUGAUUGCUUUGAGGUCCCUUGUCACUGACUCUUGAAAUUAACUUCCUGCUAUGGCGUUGCCGUAUCAGUUCAUCCUUAAACUAAUUACUUUUACUCAUCGCAAUCCUGCACAUAGGCAUGGUGCUAGUUUUCAGUAAACAAGAAGAUUGGACUCAUCAUAACAAGGUGAGUUUUCUCCUUCUCCAUGCUUUGCUUGUAUUUUGGUUUAAUGAUUGUAGUUAUGUUCUCUCCAUAUGAGGGAGGGGGUGGAUCACUGGUUGCUAACUCUGGCAUAGAUGUGAAUGACCGGGUCUUACAAAGUUGUCAGUCGCUCUGCUCUCUCUUGACAGUGAUGGCUAUAUACUCGAUCCAAUCCAAUCCGUUGGUACCAGUGUCAUUUUGAUGCAAUUGCUCGAUUCCAGAUCGUGAUAGUUACCAUGUUCAAAAUGGCAUAUAUCGCAGGCAUCUUUUGAUCUUUUAAAUGUUUUGAUUGUCCUGUUGGAUUGUUAUGUAUUCUGUCCUGGGUACCGGCACUUCUUCCUGGAAGCUUCCCCAAUAUCCAUUUGUUCAGUGACAUAGAUUAUCCAAUUGAAGAAAAACAACUCGUCUGAUAGUUCUGUGCAUUGACAUUAUGUAUCAAUGUACACCAUGUUCAGGAAGCAAACCGUUUCGACACCAGCACUAGGCUUGUUUGCGGCAUGGUUUCUCGUUGUUGAGCAAUCAUAACUGCUGUUCAUCAUCACAUCGAUUGCUUGCGUCGUCCCUUAAAGUUGGAUGACUUCGGUUGGGUCAAUGAUGCCCUGCGUGGUGUGUGAUGGGAUGAAAUUAAAGUGUAACUUAUUGCAAUUCAUGAUUCUUAUGGUGUUCUUUCUCGAGAAAACAAAUGAAUGGAUGAAAUCACUUUGGUUGAUAUGAUAUUGAUUCUUUGGUUCAAUAUAGGGCUGUUAAUCGG